CCCCGCCCCCGAGCCGGAAGUACUUGCUGCCGCUUCCGGUGGCCCGGAGCUCGUGGUUUCCCCGGCGAUGUCUUGGGUUCGAGCAGUUCCUGAGAUCCCGAGCCCUGGAGACCAGGACGUGUUUGACGAGGAAGCAGACGAGUCUCUGUUAGUGCAGCGGGAAUGGCAGGGGCACAUGCGGAGACGAGUCCAAGAAGGUUACAGAGAUGGAGUCGAUGCUGGCAAAGCAGUUACUCUUCAAAAGGGCUUCAACCAAGGUUAUAAACAGGGUGCAGAAGUCAUUUUAAACUAUGGGCUACUCAGGGGGACACUGAGUGCUUUGCUCUCCUGGUGUCAUCUUCAUGGUAACAGUUCAACUUUGAUCAGUAAGAUAAAUAAUCUUCUGGAUGCAGUUGGCCAGUGUGAAGGGUGUGUGCUCAAAGAGUGUGUGAAAUCAGUCACUCCCCAGCCCCACAUUGCAGAUUUGUUGGACUCCAUUGAGGAUAUGGACCUCUGCCAGGUAGUUCCGGCUGAGGAAAAGACGGAUGACUCAAAAGAUGGAAGACUCUGUGGACACGGUGCUGAGUUUAACACGAACUCUGACAAGAGUCUUAGCGGGAUAGAUUGUGCACAUCCAGAGUGUUACGGGACACAUGAGCACGUACCCUCGGAGAAACCAGGCCUCACUUGGAUUCUGGAACAGACAUCCAGUGUAGUGAAACAGCUGGGAAUGUCAGGAGAUGUAUUGCAGCACCUGAGACAACUAUGAACU